GCAGACAUGUCUGUGUUUCGUACGUUGACUGGCUAGCUGUGUGACUUCAUUCACCAGCACCUUGACUACAACCAGUAUAUUUGCAUGCCUAGGAUUUAGGACAAGGCGUGAUCUUUUCCACUUCGCUUGUCUAUAAAUCAACUGACCUCGCACACUUGUUUUCUUCUUCUUUCUUCCUCUCCUUCCUCUCACCAAACCCCUCCUCUCUCUUCUACCUCUGCUGCAUACUUGCUACCUUCGGCUUCUAGCUAUCUCGAAUCCGCUACAAACAAUUCCUCUGACAGCAGUCAAGAUGCACGUCUUUUCCACCCUUCUCUCUCUGGCUCUCCUUGCUGCCGUUGGAGAUGCCGCUACUGGGAAGCGUGCUGUCGGUCUUGCGUCUCGUGAAGGUUUCACCACAGCGGCCGCCCCUAUUGCUGUCAUUACCGAUGAAGCUGGCAUUCAGCGCGAACUUGUUCAGCCUAGCCUGAUUGAAGAGGACCUCAUUGCUGAGGAUGAGGACUUCUACUACUACGCCGACAUCACUGACAUCUUCAACGGUGGAAAGCCUAAGCCCAAGGACAAGUGCCCUAAGAAGUGCGGCAAGGGUAAGCACUGCUGCCCUCGCCACUUCUGCCACGCCUCGGCCGGCAAGACAGGCAAGUGUCUUGGUGGAAAGUAACUCGGUUCGCUGUCAACGUGAUGGUGCUGGAUUGCUUUUGUGAUUGUUGAGGUUGUUGAUUUCGGUCGAUGGGAGGGACAUGACUGAGCUUUUGGGCACGUGGUGAGAUGUUGCAUAGAAGUCUUGGACGAGUUGUACCUAUCGCGAUCUCUAGAUAGUUGUUUUGUACCAUAUGUACCAUAGCGUACCUCUACUAGCCGCCGAGCAGUAGAUAUGAACUGGACGUCUUUCAGACAAGCUAU